AUGAGCGAGGUGGCUGAGGAUCAGUCGGCUAAGCAGAAUGCGCUAGUAUUACAACUUCCAAUGGAUGGUGAAGGAAAACCUGUUUGCGAGUGGAUUGACACGCUGCUUCAAGCGGCCGUGAUUGCCAAGGGCACGCAGAAGAAACCAGAACAGGACGAAGCAUUAACGACUACAAUGGCUUCUUCGACAAGUGUUGACGUUUCUACUACGACCACAGCUUCCGUCAUUGCAUCCUCAAAAAUGGGCGACAAAGCUACAGUAGAUGCAACAACUUAUGAAUCGACCAAGAUUCUAACUGAGGAGAAGCAGAAAGAUGAAUCACCAACGUGCCCAGUAGUAUCUAACCUAGACGCCGUCAAGACUGAAGAGAGAGCAUCUGCACCAGCUUCUAAGCGCUACAGUCGUCGGCGUUGUGAAGUGGAAGGCUGCACCAAGUUUUCACGCUUCAACAAUGCUUGCUCGGGGCAUGGUGGCAGACGUCUUUGCGCGGAGACUGGGUGCAAGCGAGUGGCGCAGUUUGGGCAUAAGUGCAGCGCGCACGGAGGUGUCAAGCUGUGUCGGGUGGAGGGUUGCCAUCGUGCUGUACAGUCUCGCGGAUGCUGCAAGACACACGGUGGUGGUGUUCGGUGUCAGUAUCCAGACUGUACGAAGGGUGCCAUUUCCAAGGGAUUUUGUCGUUCACAUGGUGGUGGGUCGCGCUGUGCUGAACAAGAGUGUCAAAAGUGGGCUCAGCGUCACGGAUACUGCGUGCGCCACUCAAAGUCUACUUUUAGUCCAAAUCCGGUGCCAAUCUUGGAGUACAUGAUUGACUUGCCAACGGCACACAACAUUUAG